CUUAUAUCUUCAAACAGUUGAGAUUAAUAUUGACCAAUAUUGAUUCAAUUUGUUUUCAAUUUCAAUGGCUGAACACACUGUCACACCGGCCUAUUUAGGUCUACUUCACGCCCAAAGAACUGGUAAAUUUAAAGCCGACUAUUUUCCCGAAGGUUUGGCACCGUUUGGCACCGGUAGCGGCUAUGUUCACGACGAACUAUACGAUGAAUACAAUAGAAAACGAACGGACAGCACAAUCAGAGAACUACCUAUUCAGGGACCGCCCAAUUGGAGUCAAUUGUGGCCAUCGUAUAGGGAUAUCGGUGUCGACUAUAAAAAGGCGACACCAAAAGGUCAGCCAUUGCCAAAUGAUGGUAUGAGAUAUCUGCGUAAUAUGAGAGACGGUGUUUGGAAAAACUUCAAGUUUCGCGAACUAUUAGGUGAGGGCGGGUACGGCAGUGUUUGGAAGGUCAAAGCCGAUAGAAAAGUGAUGGUUGGCCAGGGCAUGAGCCGAUGGCAGUCAAUGACACUGGCCUGCAAAGUGUUACGGUUGCAGUCAAAGGGCACUAAAACAUUGAUGAGACGAAUGGACAGACUGCUGGGGGAUAUGUAUGCGUUGAGAUAUUUGCAACACAAAAACAUUGUCAACUUUGUCGACAUCAUUGGUAUACCCGACCGACUAACUGACUUUCCCUAUGCCUAUACACUGGUGCUGAUGGAGGCGUGCGAUAACGAUCUGUUUGGUGUUUUGGAGAAACUGCCCGACGAAAGAUUACCUCAGAGCGAGUGUGUCAACUGUUUCCGACAGAUGGCCGACGCCGUACGCUAUUUGCAUCGCCAGAGUGUCGCCCAUCUGGAUAUCAAACCGGAAAACAUACUGUGCAAAUUUCGUAAUUAUUCGGAUACAAUGGUAUACAAGUUAACCGAUUUCGGACUGUCCGUAACCUACGGACACGAUCAGCCAAUGGAAGGACCGCUUACAGUAGGAACACCUGAUUAUAAGCCACCUGAAAUGGGCACCGGUAUCGUACAGGCCAAACCGUGCGAUAUCUAUUCAUUUGGCGUUACUAUGGUACACGCCCUACUGGGACACAAUGAUUUUGAGCCAAAAACACUCAAAGAGGAUUUAAUGGCCAUUUCCAACCGUCGCGGGUGCCGAUUAAGUAAACCGCCGGUCAUCAGUCGUCGACUAAUUAAGUUAUUAUUAGCCAUGACUGAUGCAAAUCCCGGCAAUCGGCCAGACAUUGAUCAGGUGAUAGCUUCUGGUCAACUAUUAAUGUAUAUGCGAUCAGUGCGAUAGAUUGGUGGCUAACGACCCCUACCCGACCCGACUAGUGAUUGGUUUGCAUCACUUAUUACAUCAAUUUGAUCUUGAAAUCUAUAUCAACUGACAAUACAUAUGGCU